AUGUCCCUUUCUCUGGGUGCCGCUAUUUACAUUGCAUUAAAACCUAUAUUUAAAAUUUACACCAUUAUGCUUGUUGGCUAUUUGGUAGCUAAGUUCGAUAUUGUUUCCAUGGAAAAUGCGAAAGGUAUAUCAAAUAUGGUUGUUAACGCUAUUUUGCCUUGUUUGACCUUCAACAAAAUUGUGUCCAAUAUUUCAUGGAGGGAUAUAAAGGAGAUUGGAGUGAUAAUACUUUCAGCUUUUAUCUUGUUUGUUUUAGGUGCCACGGGCGCCUUAUUUACUACAUUUGCUACGACUGUGCCCAAAAAAUUCUUCUGGGGGCUCAUAUUUGCGGGUUUCUUUCCAAAUAUAUCAGAUUUACCUAUUGCCUAUAUUCAGAGCAUGGGUAACGGCUCCAUUUUUACUGCUGAAGAAGCUGAUAAAGGUGUUGCUUAUUCCUGCAUUUUUUUAUUUAUUCAAAGUUUCCUAAUGAUGAAUUUUGGAAUGUGGAGAGUGGUCGGACUUGAUUUUAGAGAUACAAAAGAACCAGAUAGUGAGAAUAUUACUCCGUCAGUAAGUCCCGCUAUCGACGAUCGCAAACUUACUGAAAUAACAAAGUUACCUAAUAUCACACGUCCUACAAAUGCCUAUCAAUCGGAAGAUGCGAGAAGUAAUAGCGAUUUGUCUUGUAACUCUAUUACUACAAAUGAAAUGACACCGCAGGCAUUCUACGAAGGUUUUACUGGCUACAUCAAACCCUAUAAAGAAUCAAAUGGUGCAUCCCAUAAAUUUGAAAGUGACCUUCCGCAUGCUGAAAUAUAUAGGGUUUCCUCGACUUAUUCAAGCCCAGGCGCAUUGGAGUUCUCGCGAAUAGAUGGCAGUUCCCUCUCAUAUAGUCGUAUAUCAAAAAAUAGCGAUGGCAGAAGUUAUAGAAGAAAAAGGAAAGCGGAUAUGAAUGAGUUGAUUUCCAAAUACAGUGCCGCCGAAAAAAUAAGGCAAGGUGAAUUAGAUUUAUCAAGACCACUAUCCUUGACUGAAGAAGUUGGAAGCAGGAACGCAAGUAUUGGUAAUGUGCACACUGGUUAUACCGAUGAAAGUUCCAUCGAAGAAGAAAAUUGCACUAAUAUGGCCACCGACGGGAGGGGUAGCCUCUCCUUCUUUAUAGAGAGACACAAUCUCAAAUGGUUGCAGUACUUUAUUAUAAAUUGCCUCAGGCCAGCAUCUCUGGGGGCAAUACUAGGAAUAAUAUGUGCAUUAAUUCCCUGGGUUAAAGCAUGCUUCGUAACGACAUAUGUUCACGUUCAUAAGGCGCCUGAUGGAGAACCUGUUCUGAAUUUUUUAAUGGAUUUUACAGAGUAUAUUGGAAAUGCAUGUGUUCCAUUGGGGCUUCUAUUACUUGGCGGAACGUUGGCAAGAUUAGAAAUUAAGUCAUUGCCACCUGGAUUUAUUAAAUCCGCCUUAUUGAUGACAUGCUUUCGAUUAAUUGUCAUUCCUAUUAUUGGCGUCCUAUGGGUAAAUAAACUAUAUUCGAUCGAUUGGCUGGAUACGGGCAUAGGAAAAUUUGACAUGAUAUUAACGUGGUCCAUGCCGAGUGCUACUGCUCAAGUAUAUUUCACAGCAUUUUAUACGCCAGCAUGUGGUGAUCACAUUCAAAUGAACUGUUUGUCCGUCUUAUUUGUCAUGCAGUAUGCGAUUCUUUUCAUCACUGUGGCGUUUGUUGUUACAUAUACCUUAAAGGUCGAUUUAAAAGUUUGA